AUGACAGGAUAUAGUUCUGGAUUUCGGUCGAAGUGUCCAACAUAUAAAUUUCGUCAAUCAAUUGAUAAUCCUCAAAUAAAUAAAAAUAAUAUUAUACAUCAACAAACUUUUACAGAAACACAUCAUGAAACACAUCAUCAACGAUCAAGUCCCACAACAGGUAUUCAAUCAUCAUAUGAAGCUGAACAUCAACGUUUAGCUAGUCCAAUAUUAUUCAACACUGCUGAAAAUCGUUCUCAAUCAAAUAUUAAUUUUGAUCGUCAGAGUAUGACAUCAACAUUAUCAUCUGAUACUAAUAAUAGUGAUAAUAAUAAUAAUAAUGAAUUAUCAGUUUUUCCUCGAGAUUUCAAUUCUGAUGUUUUUUAUAAAAGUGUAUUUCAACCACAAAUAUUUACUGAUGAUCGUAAUCAACGAUAUAUAGAAAUGAAACUUCAUAUGUAUAAUUAUAAUCCAGAUAAAAUUCGAGUAUCUAUUAAUGAUAAUGAUCUUAUUGUUCAAGUUGAACAAACAGAUUUUUAUAGACAAAUAACAUUACCAUCAAAUAUAGAUCUAUCAAGUUUAUCAUUACAUUAUCAUUAUGAUAAAAAACUUUAUAUAACAAUUAAAUUACUUGAUAAAUAUUCUUCUUUUAAAUAUAUUUAA